CCGCCCCCCCCCCCCUAGCACAUCGCGCCCCGCUGGCUCCUCGCUUCCUGCUAGCUCACCUCGCGCUCCCCUCUAGGCCCUAGGCCCUUCGUGCCCCGCUGGCCCAUCGCGCGCCCCUCUGGCCCUUUGUGCCUCGCUAGUCUAUCGCGCCCCCACUGGUCCGUCGAGCCCCCCCGCUAGCCCAUUCGCGCCCCUUCUGGCCCGUCGCGCUCCUCAGGCCUUUCGUGCCCUGCUGGCACAUAGCGCGCCCCUCUGGCCCUUCGUGCCCCGUUAGACCAUCGCGCGCCCCUCUGGCCACUUGAGCCCCGCUGGCCCAUAGCGCCCUGCCUGCCGUCUUCGAGCCCAGCAGGCCCAGUCGCGCCUCUCUGCCCGUUUCGAGCCCAGCUGGCUCCUAACGCCUCGCCAGCCUGCUUCGCGCUCAGCGGGCCCAUCACGCCUCGCCAGCCGCUCUCGAGCACAGCCGGCCUCUGCUACAGCCGGCCGCUGCCCAGGUCGGCCCCUGCUCCAGCCGGCCCUGCUCCAGCCGGCCCUGCUCCAUCCGGCCCUGCUCCAGCCGGCCCCUGCUUCAGCCGGCUCUGCUCCAACCGGCCCUGCUCCUGCCGGCCCUGCUUCAACCGGUCCGGCUCCAGCCGGCCCCUGCCCCGGUCGGCCCCUGCUCCAGCCAGCCCUGCUCCAACCGGCCCUGCUCCAGCCGGCCCUUCCCCAGCCGGCCCUGCCCUAGCCGGCCCUGCUCCAGCCGGCCCCUGCUUCAGCUGGCUCUGCUCCAACCGGCCCUGCUCCUGCCGGCCCUGCUUCAACCGGCUCGGCUCCAGCCAGCCCCUGCCCUGGUCGGCCCCUGCUCCAGCCGGCCCCUGCUCCAGCCGGCCCUGCUCCAGCCUGCCCCUGCUCCAGCCGGCCCCCAGCCUUUCCUCUCCAUCGCUCCUCACCUUCCUCCACCUUUUCCCGCCGCUCCCCGCUGCUUUCCACCGUUCCUCACUGCUCUCCACCGCUCCCCACUGCUCCCUACCGCUCUCCACCGCCCUCCAUUGCUAUCUACCACCCUUCACCGCCCCCCACCGCUCCUCACCGCUGCUUACCGCCCUCCGCCGCUCCCCACCGCCCAACACCGCCCAACACCGCCCUGUACCGCCCUUCACUGCCAGUCAGCUGCUGCAGCUGCUGUGAUGGCGGAGUGGGUGUUGCACCUGGACGCGGAUGGGCAGGCGGUUCAUUUCGAGGCGUGGCUUGUCGACCUCCGUCGUUACCUCACAGGUCAGAGGCAGGACGGUCACUCUCUGGUCGAACAUGUUGACGGUAAACUCCCCUGUCCUGAUCCGCCUGCUCCCCUCCCCGCUGAGUCUACGUCUGCUGACCGCCAGUCCUUUGCCGCUGCUGCGCUUGCACGUGAUGUCUGGCAGUCGCGUGAUGCCGUCGCGCAGCUCGCUAUCAGUCAUGCCCUUCCCAUGUCCGAGCGUUCCCGCUUUACGUCAGUCCCGACUGCUCAGGAGCUCUUAGAGGCUGUUGUCGCACGCUACUCCACCCCUUCCUUUGCCUCUGCCGGCCACUUGAUCCUCCCCAUGCUCUUCCCUGACCUCGCGUCCUUUCCCACCGUCGCUGACCUAGCCACUCACCUGCGCGCCCUAGAAGCGAGUUGGCGCGCUGCCUGCACUGAGGCACAGCUUGCUGUGUUCCCGCCCCCCCUUCCCAUUACCCUUUACCUCUUGGCCACUCGCCCCCCUGACCGCCUUGCGACCGCCCGCGACCAUUUUUUGAGUCUUCACCCCGCUGACCUCACCCUCUCUGACUUUGUCACCACCCUGACUGCGAUAGAGAUUCGACAGCACACUAUCGCCCAGUUUAGCGGCACUGCGUUGGUCCCUAUCUUUCAGGGUUGUGCUCCCUCUCCGUGCACUUACUCUGACAGUUCAGCGGCUGUCGCCGAGACAGCCGCUGCUGCUGCUGCGACCGCCGCCGCGGCGGCUGCAGUGCAGUACCGUCCGGGUAAGGACCUCCACCCCAAAGGGCGGCGCGGCGGGGGUAGGGGGAGAGGGGGUGGAGGCGGUGGUGGCGGUGGUUUGUCAGCGCGUAGUACUGACGAGGGGACCGGGGCUGGUGCCCCGGAGCAGCAGCCACAGCAUCAGCAGCAGCAGCAGCAGCAGCAGCAGCAGCGGCAGCAGCCGCAGCCGCAGCGGACAUUGGGUCGCCUCCCCCCGGGAUGGCCUGGCGCCAGUAGAGGUGGUAGCCGAGGUGGCAGUGCGCGCGGCUCAGUGUCGAGUGGUGGCGUUGGUGUCGGGCCCUGCCAGUACCAGCUUCAGACCGGUCCUCGCCGCGGCUCCGUGUGCGGUAAGGUCGGACACACUACCGCUCGUUGUUUUCGUCGCCUGGACGACUUGUUCCGCUUUCGCUUCGGCCCCGAGCCGGACCUCCCCGACUGGCACAGCCUGCUCUGCCAUCACCUGCAGAUUUUCGACAUGGAUAUGGAUCAGAUUAGUUCUGCCUUGUACCAUAAUCUCCCGGAUAUAGGCGCAUAGGGGCUUAUAGGAAAUACCAAACAAAAUUGGCAUGCGCUUGUAAUCGAAGAAACUUGAUAAGCCCAGGGCUUAUGAAAAUGAUUUUAUGGAAAAAUGAUUCAAGCA